CAGUGUAGGGAAACUGUGGGUUCUCUUCCUCCUUGUGUACAUUUGCACAUCUAAUGAUCACUUGGGUAGCAGACACGUAAAACUGGGUUGGGUGGAGAGAUUUCCAAAAGGAUACUGCUUGACCCCUGCCUCCCACACAUUCCAGAGCUUCUCAGUAGCCAGGAGGCAUCCCAGAAGAAGAUAAUUAGGCUCGUGCUAUUUCAACUUCCUCUGAUCCCUGAGAAAGAGUUAAUUACAGUCUUUUCCCUCUUGCUCAAAGGUGGCUGGGUAUUAUUAUCAGAGCUGUAAUUAUUCAUGCUAAUUGCUUAUUUGGAGAGGGAGAGAGCAUGAGAGAGAGAAGCCCCAGACUCCCCCUCAGUGGUUAGCAGAGCAGAGCAGGUGCACUUUGCGCAGGCUGGUCCGAGGUGGUGCUGGGGCUGCAGGAGGCUGGGGAUGCCGGAGUGGUUGUGAGCGAGCCGUGGAGCAGCCCUGGUCCUGCUAAUGCUGCCACCUCCUCCGGGACUGAGGAAAAGGAGCAUGCACUUCUUGCAGACCUUCCUCUGGUGGAGGGCACUCCGAGAUGAUGGCCCUUACUCAAAGGGGAGCAAGGACUCUGCUGGGAUGGACGCAGCCCUGGUCUCCAGGAGGCAAAGCAUCCCAGAGGAGUUCAGAGGGGUCACAAUCGUGGAGCUGAUUAAGAAAGAAGGAAGCACUCUUGGUUUAACCAUUUCAGGUGGCACAGACAAAGAUGGAAAGCCAAGAGUCUCCAAUCUGAGGCCAGGAGGACUGGCUGCAAGGAGUGACCAGCUGAACGUGGGGGAUUACAUCAAGUCGGUGAAUGGCAUUAACCUGACCAAGCUGCGGCACGACGAGAUCAUCAGCCUGCUGAAGAACGUGGGCGAGAGGGUGGUGCUGGAAGUCGAGUACGAGCUCCCACCGGCCGUGCCAGAAAGCAGUGCUGGCAUUAUUCCCAAGACCAUUGAAGUAUCCCUCUACAAGGAAGGCAACAGCUUUGGCUUUGUGCUGAGAGGUUAGUUAAGAGAAUUGCCUUUGGUUUCUUACAGGGAAGGGUCCUUGAAAAUUGGGGACAGGCUGCUGAGUGUGGAUGGGAUUCCUCUGCACAGCAUGACCCACGCUGAUGCCCUCAACAUCCUGAGGCAGUGCAGCCAGGAGGCACUUUUCCAGAUCGAGUAUGAUGUGACCAUCAUGGAUACUGUAGCAAAUGCUUCUGGUCCCUUGCUAGUUGAAAUAGCAAAGACUCCAGGGUCUACGCUGGGAAUCACACUGACCACAGCCAUGCAUCGGAACAAGCAGGUCAUUGUCAUCGACAAGAUCAAGCCAGCCAGCGUGGUGGACAGAUGUGGUGCAUUGCACGUUGGCGACCACAUUCUCGCCAUUGAUGGCACAAGCACCGAGCACUGCUCCUUGUUAGAGGCAACUCAGCUUUUAGCUGCCACUUCUGAAAAUGUUAAGCUGGAGAUAUUACCUGUUCACCAAAGCAGGCUGCCUUUGAAGCCUCCAGAAACAGUCAAGGUGCAGAAGAGUGACCACCAUCACUGCUGGGACCCCUGUGUCAACUACUGUCACACCCACCACCCCGGACACUGCAAGACACCCACUUGGAACCAGACGUCUGGACAGGAUUACUGCAAAUCUCUGGUGGCUGCCAACUUCUCGUCUCCCACCAUGAACACGCAGGGAUUCCCGUGCCAGAACUCGAACACGCUACCUCGCAGCUCCCACCCCAUGAGCCCCCGCACCACCAUGCUGAGGAGGAGGCAGAAGAAGAAGGAGCACAAGAGCUCACUGUCACUGGCCUCCAGCACGGUGGGUCCUGGUGGGCAGAUAGUCCACACGGAGACAACAGAGGUGAUCCUCAGGGGAGACCCUUUGAAUGGCUUCGGACUUCAGCUCCAGGGAGGCAUCUUUGCUACGGAAACUCUGUCUUCCCCACCUCUCGUCCGUUUUAUCGAGCCUGACAGCCCGGCAGAGAGGUGUGGACUGCUGCAAGUAGGAGACAGGGUCCUUUCCAUCAACGGCAUCGCGACAGAGGACGGGACCAUGGAGGAAGCCAACCAGCUCCUGCGGGACGCGGCGCUCACCAACAAAGUGGUGCUCGAGAUCGAAUUUGAUGUCGCAGAGUCUGUCAUACCCAGCAGCGGUACUUUCCACGUUAAAUUGCCCAAGAAAAGAGGUGUAGAGCUUGGAAUUACAAUCAGCUCUGCAAGCAGAAAGCUUGGGGAUCCUUUGAUCAUCUCUGACAUCAAGAAGGGGAGUGUAGCACACAGAACUGGCACCUUGGAGCCUGGAGACAAGCUGUUAGCCAUUGAUAACAUCCGACUCGACAAUUGCUCAAUGGAGGAUGCUGUGCAGAUUUUAAGGCAGUGUGAAGACCUGGUCAAAUUGAAGAUUAGGAAGGAUGAAGAUAACUCUGAUGAGCAGGAGACGACUGGUGCUAUUAUCUACACGGUGGAGCUGAAGCGAUACGGGGGCCCUUUGGGAAUAACCAUCUCUGGGACAGAGGAACCUUUUGAUCCCAUUGUCAUUUCGGGCUUGACUAAACGAGGGCUGGCAGAGAGAACUGGAGCCAUCCACAUCGGGGACCGGAUCUUAGCCAUCAACAACGUGAGCCUCAAGGGCAAGCCGCUGAGCGAGGCCAUUCACCUGCUGCAGAUGGCGGGGGAGACCGUCACCCUCAAGAUCAAGAAGCAGACAGAGAAAUCCUACCCCAAGAAGUCGGGGAGCAUUAAUGAAGUAAGCGACCCAGAGGAUGAGCUGACAGACUCCCAGAAAACUAGCAAGCUGUCUGAGAUAUACUCCACCACAAUUCCAAGUGUGGACAAUACUGUGGAGUCCUGGGAUGGCUCUGCCAUUGAUGCUGGGUAUGGAAGCCAAGGUACGUACAUACCCCAGGCUGCUGGCAUAGCCCUCCAUCCACACGAGUGGAGACACAGCAGGCAAAAGAGCAGCACCCCUCCAGCAGACCCCAGGAAAAGCUACCCCUACAUGGAUGGGAGCUUCAGUGAAGAUGACUGGGACAAGCCCAGCAGAUACCCCAACCGCCAAAAUGGCCUUGAGACCACUCAUGAGGACAAUUUUUGGCGUGUUUUUGGAGAAGCUUUGGAGGAUUUGGAAACAUGCGGCCAGUCUGAACUUUUGAGGGAGAUUGAGGCAUCCAUCAUGACAGGGAGCGUGCACAACCUGGGCCUGGAGGGCAGCAAGCUGCUCCUGGACUCUGUCAACCCCUCGGGAAUGAGCCCACUGAGGAAGGCCAACUCCAGCUGCACCGACGGACAGACUGAGGGCAGCAGCUCCCCUGCCAAGAAGAACGAGAGGAACCUGGACAUGAAGAAGAUCGAGAAGGAGAUGCAGGAAAUCAUGUCCCCGACCCCCCUUGAGUUUCACAAGAUGACACUGCACAAAGACCCAGAGAGCGAAGACUUUGGAUUCAGUUUGUCAGAUGGCCUGUUAGAAAAAGGUGUCUAUGUAAAUAUGGUCCGUCCGGAUGGGCCAGCAGAUCAGUGUGGCCUCAAGCCAUAUGACAGAGUGCUUCAGGUAAACCACAUCCGAACGAGAGACUUUGACUGCUGUCUGGCCGUUCCCUUGAUUUCAGAGGCUGGAGAUAAGCUGGACCUGGUGAUUAGCCGGAACCCCUUGGCACUGGCUGCCAACGCUCCCUCCGAGGGGAACAGAGAGCUCCUGGCGCAGGUGCCCCGCAGCGCCGAGGUCAAGGCGAGUGUCCAAACGCUCUGAGCAGCAGGAGCAGAGCAGACGAUGUCUCUGCUGAGCUCUUGUAUUUGGGGUGUUUUUCCUGUUUUUUUGCACUGGUAUUUGUAAAUGCUCUGUGUUCCAUAACCUGCAAGUGGGGAGGUGGGUCUUCAGUGAGCCUGUAGACCGCCAAAUAUUGCUGGAAAGGUUGGAGCUGGGUGUGUGUCUGGGGCUGUGGCAGUGAUGGCAGUGGGACAAACUGCCAAUGGGGGGAAGGAGCAUCCACAGCCAUCCCCCAGGGGCACAGGGCAUCCCCCUGUGCUCCUGGCAUAGAGUGUGCAGGGUCCUGCCUCUGGCAUCCUCCUCACCCUGAAAGGCCUUGGCCAUCCUACAAACACACAUGGUGCUAUUAUGUUCUUUGUUUGCUCAGUUAAUCAUAUACAGCAGGACUGAAAUGCCUUUCCAUUUUCUGUUGUGCCCAGCUCCAUCCUUUCAACACUCCUGGUAAAUCAAUUCCUGCAGCCCCUUGCACUCCCAGUGCAGGGCUGUGGAGAGAGCCGGUUAAAAGACAUUUCAAAAUGUGCUUGAGAGUGGCUAAAUGCAAAAACUGGUAUUUGCAGCUGUCUCCUGCCAGCCCUGUCCACACUCCCCGCUAGGUCUGGUUCACCCCGUAGUGGGAUUAGGCACCUUGUGUGGCUGAUUCCCAUGAGCAGUGUUGUAACCUGUGCUCAGUAGUGACUACAGAGUAGAGGCCAUAUCCAAGGCUAAAGGCCUUGAGUACCUGCCUGAAUCCCCCUUGUUUGUCUGAGCUUUGUGGAGAUGUCUUGCUUGUAAACCUGGCCCGUGCCUGGAAGUAAAUAGUGGGAUAGGGAAAUUCCCAGGGCUGCCCCGAUGUUUUGGAUCGAUGAAACCUUGCUGUCUCCCCUGAGGCAGAGGCAUGACAAGCCCUUGGCUGGGUGAGGGUUGUGUCCUGUGUCCCUGUGGGCUGGGUGGUGUGUGCCCCUUUGCCUCUUGUAGCUCUGCAGCCGCUCCUGCCCGAGAGCCCCUGGCCCCGUGAGGCAGAGGGGCUGUGCUGUUGGCAUUGCUUGCCCUGUUUCCCAAAUUAGCACUUUAUGAUGAUGUCGGUGUCCUGGUGGCAGCGUGGCUGCGCUUUCCCUGGGAAGGCCUGGGCCAUGGAGUCAAAGAGCUCACUCAGUCAGACGUGGCAGCUCCAGAGCCCACUGCCCUGUUCUCUGCUUGCCCUUCCCGUUCCUCCAUCCCCACCUGCACGCCCGUGGUGUGUGGAGGGAGUUGGGUGGGUGUACGGCACGCGUGUGUCGCUUUGCUGAGCUUUGUCCCCACCCUGUGUGUCCCCAGCAGCCCCCUGUGUGUGUGACAGCACGGUGUACCCGGCUGUUUCUUCCAGGCACGGCCCCAUCCAGCUCUUUGUCCUUGUAGCCAUUUUCUCUUUGCUUAUGCAAUAUCCCAUACCAUUGCUGCCACUAGAUAACGUGCCAUAAUUGAUACUGUGGAGCAUUGACAGUGCAGCCGAAAGUGUUUUUAUAUGCAAUAUUCUGAGCAGUGGAAGCUCACUGGGGCUUCUCAUAGGUUUUUAAUGAAGACUUUUAUUAAAGGCUUUAAAAAAAAAAAAACAAAAAAAAGGAGGAAGAAAAACUUGGUCCUUGUAUCCCUUCCUAUGCAUUUUGAAUGAUAUGAAGAUGAAAUGCAUUACUUAAAUGUGUAUUUUUAUCCAUAUAUUAGAGUGUAUUCCUUGUAAAGUAUUUUUAUAUGCUAAUUUUCUUAUGUAUCUAUGAAAGCACAAUAUUUAAAAGUACAGCAUUUCAAAGAAUAUUUUAGUCCUGUUUUGGACCUAUUUGUAAAUCUCUGUAUUUAAAUGGGAUUGGAAUGACUUUGACUUUUUUUUUAAAUUAAAUAAAAGCAAAUUAAAUGCA